AAAUUGUAUAGAGUUUGCUGCGGAUGCUCCUAUAGCGCUAUACCCAAAUACUAGGCGGCAAUCCUUGGCGCCACAUGUACUCGUUUGAAAUUUUCAAUUCCCUUCGAAAUUUUCGGUCGAUGUAGUUCGAACUGACCCCAGCUUUCCCUUCGAAAUCUUCGUUUCAGGUUGGUUCAUUUUUUCUCAAUCGUUUCUCUACCAGUUUUUAUCCAUGGAAUUGGGCUCUUCUUUCAUCAAAAUCUUCCAGCCGGAGAGAUUGUAAGCUCGCCAAACGCCGGCCUUCCCUCAUCGUCUCCGUACUUAGGUAAGCGAAAACCAAGAAUCUUGACGAUUCUGGCUUUAGGGUAUACUUCGAUUGAGACGUGUAUUUUUGAGUUUAGAGCUUUGUUAAGCGGAUUUUGAUUCGGACCGGUCCGAUUCAAACCGAAGAAUAGAAUUUCACAAUCGCCGAAUUUUUGUCAAGAACAAGAUUACCCAUCAACGAAUCUCCCUAUCUUGUGAUAAAUGCUGCGAGGGAGAAAAUCAAAGAAAAGUAAUGGACGAUAAUACAGUUAAAAGAUAAAAGAUAAAUUAGGGGUGAAAAUGGGAAAACCUAGCCAAUGUCUUGGACUAAUUUAGGGGUGAAAAUCUGUCUAGUUCCAGUUCAUACCAGUCUAAAUGGGGUAGUUUGGUUCAGUCGUUUAGGAAUGUCGUUUUUCUGCUCCCUCACUCCCUGAACAAGAAUGAACGCAUAUUUCAAGAAGCCCUAACCAGGGUUGAUUUGAUAUUCUUAUUGUUGGCUAAACACAAUGCUGGGGUUUUUUUCAUCUUCGUUCAUUAGCAUAUGAUAUCAUUUUGGGAUUUGCACAGAUUAUGCACUUAAAUGGUUUAAUGAUCCUUCUUGUUUUGGGUUUUGAAACAUGCUACCUGCUCUCUGUACCUGCACAAGAAUUAGGGCUUCAGUUUGGUGAUAAAUUUGUUUAUAUUUGGACAAGUGUGAUCUGUUUGUUUGAGUGAGCCUAAUUUACAAACUCAAACAGAUCUUUAUCUUCAAUCCUAUUUACAACUCUUGUGAUGGCUUGAGAUUAAUGGGCAAUUUUUUGGUCUAUAUGAUGUGAUAUUGAUGGAUGCUCAUUCUUUGACCUGUCUCGUGAAGUUUUGCCUUUCCCCUACAUAGUUUCAUAUUGGUUGUCAAAAAUUCUCUUUAAAAACCAUAUUUAUUCACCCACCAGUGGCGGCAACACUUGCAUUUUAGUGGGCGCGAUUGAACCAUGUGGACAAAGAGAAAAUUGCAGUACACUUAUAUUUUGCCUACUUAUGUCACUGAUAACCUCAUGUGAACCAGCAGACUUUGGUCUUCGAAAAUUAUAAUUACGGACUUUAGAUAAAUGACAUGUAAUAAGAGGUUAAUUUUGACGUUGGAAAGCAUAAAGGAUGUUAAAUAGAAGUACAGGAGUGUAGGAAAUAGAAAGGAAAAAAAUGUUUCUUUGUGUACAUAUGGUGGAGUUUGGUGAUAAUUGUUAACUCAUUACUCUCAUGCUUAUAUUAGCUAUAUGUACUCUCCACCUCACCUUUGGCCCUAGAGUUGGGUUUAUUGGCAUUUGGUUAAGAUGGUCGUUAGCCCCAUAUAUUUUAUCCAUUGCAAAUGCCUCACUCUAUGAACUAGUACUUUUCCAGCAAAGUACUUCAUGAAUGUUAGACAUGAGUUUUAAUAGCAUUAUCCAAUAGCGUUCUUUUAGGACUGCUAUGAUAGGAAACCAAUUAUAGUGUUGACUGAUAAGAAGCGGAGGAAACCCCUUGGAAUGUUAGGCAUGAGUUUUAAUAGCAUUAUCCAAUAGAGUUCUUUUAAUCUUGAGUUGCAGAUUUUGGUAUUUCUUCUGGCAGGCCACCCCUUCGGCCCAAUGCAUAUGGUUCAGCCAAGCACUCAGGGGAUGCUGAUUUUCUAGGCCUCGUUGGGCUGAUGGUUCGGCGACUAUAUGAUCUGAAGCGUGCUGCUUCUGUUUGACUUGGUGUCUUUCUCUAAAUUAGGAUCUAUCACGUAGUUUGUAAUAGGUUGUCGCAUGUUAGCAAUUUUAUUUAGUUUCCACACCUGAUUCAUUUGGGGCCACCUAUGAAGCACUGACACCUCUAGAGGUCGGCAUAUUGCAGUAUUGGACACAGGGACAUGUCAGGGGUCAAAGUGUAAUUUUUAAAAAAGUUUUGGGGUCAAAGUGUAUUUUUUUCAAAAUUUUGGGGGUCAAAUUGUAAAUUUUUUUGAAAUUUCAAACUUUAAAAUUUUCAGGGGUCAAAUUGUAAUUUUUCAAUUGAGUUGUAUUGAACUUAUGAAUGUCUUAUUUUGUUUGAAUGGUAUUGGAACUAUGAAUUUUUCGUUUUGUCCACAUUUUACCAUUUAAACAUGGAAAAAAAUUGAAAAACAAAUAUAAAUAAAUAAAUAUACACGUAGCGUGUCCCCUGCCGUGUCCGUGUCCCUAUUCUUUUAGAAUUCUCAUGUCCCCGUGUCCGUGCACCAUAGGGGGCCACACACCUCUUGGAGCGUAUGGCUUUUAAGAGCACAAGUAACAGGAGUCACCUGUGCAUUGUCCGGGAAGUGGAAGCUAUUGGUGGCAAUGUAACAGCCUCAGCUUCUAGGGAGCAGAUGGGGUGCACUUAUGAUGCUCUCAAGACUUAUGUUCCUCAAAUGGUAGAAAUGCUCGGUGACUGUGUGAGGAAUCCUGUCUUCUUGGAUUGGGAGGUGAAUGAGCAGCUUCAGAAGGUGAGAGCUGUGAUCACAGAAGCAGCUAACAAUCCACAAGGCCUGCUUUUGGAGGCAAUACACACUGCUGGUUUUCCGGUGCACUUGCAAAUCCUCUUUUGGCACCUGGCUUAA